AUGUGGCUGUAUCGUCAAAAUAUCAUAAAUAUAAUAUUUUGUUUGUUGCUGCUUAAUAAUGCUUUUUUAUUGAAAGCAACUGCAAUUCCACAAAAUGCAGACAUUAGACACAUCAACACAAGAUUAUUGGAAACCAUGAAGAGCUAUAUGGACUUUAAUGCAAAUCCUUGUACAGAUUUUUAUCAAUAUGCAUGCGGAAAUUGGCCAUUAGUUAACGCGGACGCGGAAAAAUAUGUUGACACUAUCGGUAGCCUCAAGUAUACCCUAAGUAUGCAAAUGGCAAACAUUUUGGAGGAGCGCAUAAAUGCUGGCAAAAAGGAACACAAUGAAGUGUAUAAGAAAGUAAGUGACUAUUAUCAAUCCUGUAGAGAGGAGCAAAUACUAAAUGUCUACACAUAUUUAGAAAUUAUUAAACCGUUUGGAAGUACAGACUGGCCUGAUUGGCAGCAACUAGGCGUUCAGCAUACCACCUGGCAAGCAGAUAAUUGGCAUACAUUGAGAACUCUAGGAAAGUUAAGAGGCUUUGGCCUCAAUGAUGUAUUUAUAUGGGAGAAAUUGAAACACAGUAAUGCCACCACAUACGUUAUAUACCUAGAUAAGCCGGAGAAUGUUGAUUUUACUGAAGUAGCAACGGAGGAGUUGGAGAAGUUGAUAAAGUCUGCACAUUUACAAAAUCGCAUUGCUGCCGAAAAUGUGAAAUUGUUUAAACAAAAAUUGAAAACGAUUGCAAAUGGCUUAAAAGAUGACCACGUGGAAUAUGAAAUUACUCUCUCCGAAUUACAAAGACGUGUGCCGGGAAUAAAUUUCCUAUCAUAUUUUGAAGAGUUGUUUUCCGAUGGAUUCAUGCUAGUGGCUGACAGUAAACUAAUUGUGCGUAGUUUGAUUUAUUUCCGCAAGCUUAGCGACUUAUUAUCUAAGACAAAUAAAGAAACUGUGGCCUACUAUGUACUCUUAAAAUUGCUGUCGUAUUUGAAAGCGCAGUUGCCCAAAUCAACUGCCCCUAAGCAUUGCAUAGAGAAUAUGCGUGAGCAUAUGUCCCUGGCUUUGGAUUACAUCUAUGAGAAAGAACAAUUUAGUUAUGUGCGUACUAAAAAUACAGCAGUUAUUAAUAAAAUUUUUACUGCCGUUCAGCAGCGUUUCCAAAGAGCCAUGGAGGGUCACCAAAUGCAAUUCAGUAUUGCAGAGGCAACGUAUGUGAAAAACAAAAUACAGCAAAUGCAUUUAAAUAUUGGAAACUUGCCACAAAAUGUCACUGAUGGAUUUUACUCAAAUUAUUACAACAAUUUGCAAGUAGAGAAGGAUUACUUUUAUUGGAAUAAUUUAAAUGUUUUGCAGUUUGCUGCCAGUAAAGAGCACUCGCUACUGAGAUUGCACCCUAAGGCUGCAGAGCAUAGCUUUUUCAUGUGGCAAUAUCCAUCAGCCGCUUAUCAUUCUAGAAUUAACUUGCUUUUUAUUCCAUUCGCUUAUUUACAAUACCCGAUUUUUCAUUCUGACUUUCAUGAACUUUUUCUCUUUGCUGAACUGGGCAAUACACUGGGACAUGAAAUUAUGCAUGGAUUUGAUCUGAAUGGACUGCAAUACGAUGCAACGGGCAAUGUAAAUGAGGAGCUAUAUGAGGCAUUGCAGCAAAAAUCACAUUUAGUCCAAGCACUGGAUUGUUUGCAGCUGGAAGCUACUUCGAAUAUAAAUGAAAAAAUCGCUGAUUUCAGUGGGUUUCGUUUGGCUUAUGAAACUUAUUUCCACCGACCAGUUGUGCCUAAGUUCUGGCAGGAACACGAGUUGUCAAAUAAGCAACUAUUUUUCAUAAAAUUUGCUCAGUUUUUUUGUGCCUUGCCAUCAGAACGCAUCAAGUAUGAGGACACUCAUGAUACACCCUACAAGCGUGUUAUGCAGGUGGUAGCAAAUAAUCUGGAGUUUUCGCAAGUAUUUGAUUGUGAUACACGUUCAAGAUCCAACCCAAUACAGCAUUGUUAUUUGUGGUAAUAAUUUGACAAAAAAUUCUAUAGAAAAUCAAAUAUCA